CCACUGCUACGGGGUGUUCAGUGUUUCAGGAAUAAACAUGAACCGCGAGGCCUCGGAGCCCGUGGCGGACGGGGGAGCGGAACAGGACUGCGCGCGGGAGCCGGGCUUGGAGCCAGCCGUGGAGGAGUCGGCGGGUGACCACGGGAACGCAGGCCAAGGGGGCCGCAAGGAAGAAAUUAAUGACCCUAAGGAAACAUGCGUAGGUCCUUCGGACACUUCCUACCUCAGCGAGCAGAAACACAGUGGUGAUAGCUGGUCAGAGGGUCACUUAGCACAGCAAAGAGAUGACAAAGAGGAUCGUGGCCCCAGAAUGACCAAAAAUUUUCUGCGAAAACUAUGCAAGCAGCACAAGCUUUAUAUCACCCCAGCGCUGAACGAUACGCUGUACUUACACUAUAAAGGCUUUGACCGCAUCGAGAACUUGGAAGAGUACACAGGGCUGCGUUGUCUCUGGCUGGAGUGCAACGGAAUACAGAAAAUCGAGAACCUAGAGGCCCAAACGGAACUGCGAUGCCUCUUCUUGCAAGUGAACUUGCUCCAUAAGAUCGAGAACCUAGAACCUCUGCAGAAACUGGAUGCUCUCAACAUCAGCAACAAUUACAUCAAGAGCAUUGAAAACCUCUCCUGCCUGCCGGUCCUCAACACGCUCCAGAUGGCCCACAACCACUUAGAGACCGUGGAAGACGUUCAGCAUCUCAAGGAAUGUUUGAAACUCUGUGUCCUUGACCUUUCCCACAACCAGCUGAGUGACCCAGAGAUCCUGAGCAUUCUCGAGAGCAUGCCCAACCUGCGUGUACUGAAUUUGAUGGGAAACCCAGUGAUUAGGAACAUCCCUAAUUAUCGACGGACAGUCACUGUUCGACUAAAACAUUUAACAUACCUGGAUGACAGACCAGUUUUUCCAAAGGACAGAGCUUGUGCAGAGGCCUGGGCACGAGGAGGGUACAAAGCUGAGCAGGAGGAGAGACAGCAGUGGGAGAGCAGAGAGCGGAAGAAGAUCACAGACAGCAUUGAGGCCUUAGCCGCAAUCAAGCGCCAGGCCGAGGAGAGGAAACAGCAGAAAGCAAGCCAGGAGCAAGGACGUUCCCAGCUCACUGUGGACUUCUGCUCAGGGGAGAUGCUCGCGCCAGACAGUGCCAGGGACUUGGGUGCCACUGUGGAAGGGGAGGAAGCGCCUGAAGAGGACAGAGAAAGGUGGCAGAAGACGGAGCUGUUUGUCAAGGAGAGCUUCGAGGCCAAGGACGAGCUAUUCCCAGAAAAGUCAGAAGAGUCGAGUCUCCCGGAGGAGCUGCCUGUGGAUGCUGACGGGGAGCCAGGAGCGGCGCUCCCUGCCAAGGCCCCGCCACCGAGCCCCGGAGCUGCCUGGGAAGAAUCAGCUCCCCAGACGGUGGCCACUGAAAGUGCAUCAGGUACAGAGCUCUGUGGAGCUGAAGAUUUGGAAGCCAUCAGACUGGAGACGAAGGAGAAGCUCUUCAUCGAUGACCUGCCUGACUUGGAAGACGUGGAUGCAGGCGGAUCUCCGGGAGACCAGCACAAGAAGAUGUGCUUUCCAAAGAUUACAGCCAUCUCGAGCCUGGGUGACGACAGUGACCCUGAACUAGACUACACCUCACUCCCAGUGCUGGAAAACGCAUCCACAGACCCCCUUUCCAGUAUAUUUGCAGUCUCCAAGGACACCUCCAGGAAGGCCGAGACGGAGAUGCCCUUUACAGGCAUAUUCAAAGCAGCAGCAGAGAGGGACUUGGCAACCCACAGGAGAGACACCAAGGCCCCUCGCCCACUGAUUCAGGAGCUGGACGAUGACGAGCCUUCAGAGCAACCACCCUGGCCCCCAGCCUGCAAAAGGGAAGCCGCGCCAGCCCCGUGCAGUGAGGACAGGCAUGGGGACCUGCUUCUGGCCUCCCCUCCAGGAAACAGCCCCGAAAAGGGUGAAGCCCAGUCUGAGGUGGAGCCGGAGGAGCGCCCGGAGCCCAGGGCCAGAGAAGACUGGGACUCAGCCACAAAGGCAGCCCCUCUGCUCUUGGACUAA